AUGGACCGAAUAAAGAACUUCCUGACGCCUGUCAAGGCAACAGACGAAGAGUACGAGCCAUUGACGGACGACUCUUCGACGCUCGGCGAGGAGGAAGGAGAGACAUACCCAGACCAGGCGCCCUUCUCAUGGAUAGAAUACUCCAUCUUCGCCUUGAUUGGCGUCGCUAUGCUCUGGGCAUGGAACAUGUUCCUCGCCGCGGCUCCCUACUUCCAAACCCGUUUCGAAUCCAAUGAAUGGAUCCUGGCCAACUCCCAAUCCGCCAUCCUCUCUGUCUCGACAACCGCCAACCUGCUGGCUCUGCUCGUCUUGAUGAACAUUCAGUCCUCAGCCAACUACCCGUUGCGCAUCAAGGCCUCCCUCAUCGUCACCAUCGCCGUCUUCGGUCUCUUAACCAUCUCGGCCGUCGCCUUCCGCCAUGUCUCGGCGACCACCUACCUCGUCUUCCUGCUUCUCAUGGUCGGCGCCUCCGCCUGGGCUGCUGGCAUGAUGCAAAACGGCGCCUUCGCUUUCGCCGCCAGCUUCGGUCGACCGGAGUACACCCAAGCCAUUAUGGCCGGUCAGGGCGUGGCCGGGAUCCUUCCCCCCUUGGCCCAAAUGGUCUCCUACCUCGCGGUGCCUCAGUCCGACAACUCCAACCCUUCCCAAAACUCAACAACAACAACAACAACUACUACUACUACAACCGCCACCACUCUCGACAGCACCCCAGAAGCAGCCCCCAGCACCUCAGCAUUCAUCUACUUCCUCACCGCCGUGCUCAUCUCCCUCUUGACCCUCCUCGCCUUCUACCCCCUCGUCACACGACACAACACGCUCAUCGAAUCCCGCCUCAUGGCCGACGAAGACACCCAACAACAGCUUCUCUCGCAAUCCAUCACCUCCCUGGAAGAAGCCGAGCGGGCUCGCCGGCACUACGUCGGCCCUGUCCAGCUUUUCCGCAAGCUCAACUGGAUCGCCGCCUCGGUGUUCCUGUGCUUCGUGGUAGCCAUGUUCUUUCCCGUUUUCACGGCCAAGAUCCUUUCCGUCCACGACGACCCCGACUCCUCCGACACCUCUCCUUCCAGGGGAGGUAGUAGCACCUCGUCAAUCUUCGCCCCGGGGGUGUUUAUUCCUUUGGGUUUCUUCUUCUGGAACCUCGGCGACCUGUUGGGGCGGGUAUCACCCAUGUUCCUCCCCUUUUCUCUGCGCGAUCGGCCCGUGGCGUUGUUCGCCGUGGCGGUAGCCAGGCUGGUGUUCCUGCCCAUGUACCUGCUUUGCAAUAUCAGGGGAUUGGGAGCGGUGGUGGACAGUGAUCUGUUUUACUUGCUGGUGGUGCAGUUACCUUUCGGAUUGACGAACGGGUGGUUGGGCGCCAGCAGCAUGAUGGCUGCGGGCGAGUGGGUUGAUGAGGGCGAGAGAGAGGCCGCAGGCGGGUUUAUGAGUAUGUGUCUUGUGGGUGGUUUGUCGGUGGGGAGUUUGGCUAGUUUUAGUGUUGCUGGCAUCUGA